AUGGAAAAUACUAAAAUUCAUAAAAAUAUCUUCAACUGGGAUGAGGAAGAAACCCACUGAGACCUUGAGGAUGAGUAUAUUAAAGAAAGGAAAGACUCUGACUCUAUUAGAUCUCUCCAUAGCUGUGCUUCAGAUAAUAAUGUUAAGAUGGCCAGGAGUCCGCUUAAAAAGAAAGGCACUAUCAAGAUUUCCCAUAGAGAUGCAUUUAUUGAAGAGUUUGAGCAAGAGAAGACGAAGAGACAAGGACAUCAGAAUAGAAAGUCAAGCUUUUACCACAGAAAGCCUGAGGAAUCCCUGAUUUUGAACCAGCUCAAACAAAUAAAUGCUAAAGAAAAUUUUGAAGCGGACAAUAUGGUCAAGUCAGAAUCCCUGUUGAGAGAAGCCAGCAUCAAUGAAAGUGAGUCUGAAGACUAUCCUGAAGACUCAGAAUAUUAUUUUAACACAAUUAAUGAUUGUCUUGUCCCUUCUACAGAAAGCCCUCAGCUCUGCAAGCAACAGAAGCAGGUGAUGGUGACUAUGGCUGACGUGAUGCCAAGCAAAAGGCCAUCUAAUUAACUUAAUAUUAAAAUUUAUCAA